GGUGAGUAGUUGAUGAAUUUUCAUUUUUGGGUGAACUAACUCAAAUUCGUCGUUUUGCAUUUCUUCAGUAUUAGAUCUGUGUUACAUCCCUGUCGCAUACAUUUUUAUGAAGUGUGGUGACAAAAUCAGCUAUGAUCAUGAUGAGCUUUUGUUCUCAUCUUUCAGUGUUGUAUCAGAUACAGUCCAUGUUUGUUUUCAUGCUUCAGUUACCAUUUUGCUGCAACAUUACUGUAUUUACACAACCACACACUGUUCUUUGUGGUGAUAUCACCGUAACCCGAUCGUUGUUUGUAGUUGUUUUUGUGCUCAGCCGGUACCUGAGCUCAUCAAUGCUGAUGCUGUACAAUCUCUGACACAAGCACAUGCUGAUGCCCAGGCGUGUGCUGCCGUUCCACUGCUGUAUGUGAUUCAUUGCAAAAAAAAACAUUACACGUGUGGUUCCUGUGUGAAAUACUGCUGAGAAGGUGUUUAGUGUGUAAGUUAAAGUGAUUGGAGUGAUGUUGACUUGCAAUAUGACAAAUCUGGGUCAAUGUAACCACCCACCCCCCUUCACUACCACAGGCUACAAAAGGCAAGACUGAAAAAAGCAAAGAGGAUGAGGAUACCAUCACCAGGCUCUCUUUGCUCAGCCCCAGAUGCCUCCGCUCCCUCUUGACGAGCGCAUAGUGGUUAUUCAGCGCCCCAAAAGUUUGGCCUUGCGCGUGGCCUCCCCACCAACCACAUCGCAGUCUUCCUCACACCGCCCAGCCACUCACAACGAGCCCCCACCCCGCUUACCACAACCCCAACCCCCACCACCCCGUUCCCAUCCAGGUUCCAACUACCUGUCUCUGGAAUGCAACCGCAGGCAGUCAUCCCAUGUUCAAAGAGAUAAAGGAGAACGAGGUGCUCCCUUCGAGGGCAGCGGCCACAAUGCUAGCCAUUGUCACAGCAAUGGGACAGUAACUUUAGGUCCCAGACCUCACAAGCACACGCAUACCAUUGACAUUAAAGUGUCUUUGGACAAAGGCGGAAGAGGAGGAUCUUACAUAGACAAAGGGCGCAGCAGUAGCCUUACCCGAAGUGGAAGCAUCAAGGGGAGCAAAACUAAACGGGUGUCCCUGCACUUGGAUCCAGGGCAAGGCGAAAGGAAAUGCAAAGGAAAGUCUUCCGAAUUAGUGGAGAAGCACCAGAACCAUCAUCAGAGUCAAAACCGGACUCAGCACAGUAGCCAUCAUCCAAACCAACUCACAGUCUCUCCUGGAGGGAUCUUGGAAUUUGUACCAGCGCAAAGACAGCAGUCAAAAUCCAAGCCAACAAGAGAGAGAGACUUGUCAUUAAAGUCUUGCUCUGCAACUGCCAGCUACCCAUCGCACAGUGAGAGGGACGUAUCGUCUGUAGGAAACAAGGAAAACUCCAAACUGGGACCCGGCCACCAACUGCCCCACGCCCACAGCCUAUCCCGUCACCACAGUUCAGCCCCGUUACCCCAUGCUGCCAUCCUAAACCCUCACUACCCUGCCGUACCACCCUCACUCCCUUCCCGAGCCCCUUCCUCCUACCAGCACAUCAGUCAACCCCGUCCUUCGCGCACUCGAGAUCAUCGUCCCCAAAUUCUUCACGCUUUGCCUCUCUCCCCUUCUUCCUCCCAAGGAGGCUUCCCCAGUCCUGACCACACAUGUACGAUUGACUUUUCCCACCCUUGUGGUUGUUGGAGGUUGGUGCGUUGUAGAAGGGGUAGAGGUCACUCGACUGGCUGCCACGGUCGUAGUACAAGCCCGUCCUCUUCAUUUUCCCACGCUCCAGGAACAAGUGCUGCCAACGGAGGUGGCGGAACCAUGGGAUUGAAGACUUUAGGAGGGUGUCUGUCAACUGCUUCCACCACCAACACCUCCUCUUCCAACAGCACUGUCUCGGACUGCCGCACAGGGCUGCUUAGACCUUUGGGUUGCGCAUCCUGUUCUGGAGAAGCUGGAGGUUUUGAGAGCCCUGCUGCUUUCCGUAAGAAACUAGUUGGGGGUUGUUUACCCUGCACUCCAAUAUCCUCAUCCGCACCUCUUCGAGCACUCCAGAGUUGCGUCAGUGGGUGCAAUCCCAAAGCAAGCCAAACUGGCAGCUCCACAUGCAGUUACUGCAGUAGUGACCCAAUUGUAGUUACCUUUAACCCACACAGAGGGAAUCCUCCCAACAUGGGGCGUAACAUUGGUGCACAUACCAUGGGAGGAUACCAGCCUGAUGAUGACGAUUACAGUGUACGCACAAUCUGGCCGGAGGAGCUAGCAAAGAAGAUGACCCGCUCUAAAACCCAACCUAUCCCCCACAAUGCAGGUAUUGGAAUGGGCUCAGGGAGAACCUGCAUGGGCCACAACCAGAACAGUGGCAAUGGUGGCAAUCCGGUAAUCCUGGACUGCCGGAACCUUAUGGAGUUCACUCGCUCCCAGUUGACAGAUCAGGCAGGACGACGAAGGCUCCAGCAAGGCAAGAUGGCAGUUUUGGACUUUAUCGGAUCAGGGAGUAGUGGCGACCAAGGUAGAGAUUCCCUCAAGCGGCUUUGGAACAAAGGAGCAGAUGCUUGCAUGGGGGAUGGCAACGGGUUUGAUGACGAAGUGCUUCCACAAUCCCCAUCCCUUCGCUCUCCAUCUCCAGAUUCUCCUCCAUCCUUCUCGCCCCCACCUUCUGCUCCAAGCACGCUUAUUAAGCCCAAACCCAAACAACGAGAGAGGGAGGGUGGACACACUUUACCCUCUGCACAGUCGCUCCACUUGGUCCUCAACUCACUCAACAGAGAACAAGAUGAGGAAAAUGGACGAGUGCACCUUUCCCUCCCUCUCUCCUCAUCCCUCCCAGCAUCACUAUCUGAGGAGAGUGUCAUGACCCCAGAUGUGGAGAAUGCUGUGAUCAGCCCCAUCCUCCCUUUCCUUUUCCUGGGCAACGAGAGAGAUGCACAGGAUUUGGAUCUGCUGCUUCGUCUCAACAUUGGUUUUGUGGUCAAUGUCACAACCCAUCUUCCCCUCUACCACCUGGACACGGGCUUGGUGCGUUACAAAAGGCUUCCUGCUACGGACAACAGCAAACAGAACCUACGACAGUAUUUUGAAGAGGUUUUUGAGUUUAUCGAGGAAGCUCACCAGUGUGGACGGGGCGUUCUUGUGCACUGCCAAGCUGGUGUAUCCCGCUCAGCUACUAUAGUCAUUGCUUACCUGAUGAAGCACACCCUCAUGACCAUGACUGAUGCCUAUAAGUACGUGCGGGGCCGGCGGCCAAUAGUCUCCCCCAACCUCAACUUCAUGGGCCAGCUGCUAGAGUUUGAGAGAGACCUCAACUCUGGGGUAACACCUCGCAUCCUCACCCCCAAACUGAGUGGCCUGGAAACACAAGUUUAAAAGGAGAUCAAUAGAAGAUGGAAUUGAUGAAAAUGGAUGGAUAAAAAAUAAGGGUAAGAGCAGUCGUUUUAACGACAAGCAUACAUCGAAGAUUUUGAGAGAGAAUUAACUAGUCUUGGUCUAUUUUAAUUGAAGUACCUCCACUCUUUCUGUUUUAUAUAAAUAGCACUUAUUUGACAUUUGGCAAAUGGAUGUUUGUGCUACCCUCCCUGAUACUGAUGUUAAUUACGUGCCAAGUUUUAAUUCCAAAUAAUAACCCAAUUUACUUAAAUUAUUAUUACCAUUAUCAAGCUUGAUUAAAUACAAAACCUGUACAAAAGUAUUUGAGGGAAAACAAAUGCAAUCAAAGAACUCUGGCUGUCAAGCACAGAAGACGAUCCGAUGCGUUGAGACUCUCAGAACUGUGACAUGCAUCACAUUCGAGACCCAAGAGCUGUAGCAAACUUCAAACUCCUUUUCCACUGUGCACAGAACUUUUCUAGACAGAUUAUUUUUGAUUCGUGAGAUCAUUUGAAGGCAUUUUUGGGUUACUUUGCAUUAGCUGCCAACUAUUUAUAAAUUUCUCCACUGACAUGAAGAUUCAUUUUGCCUUUGAAAUUUUUUCGAUACUGCUAUUUUUGUUACUUGAUUUUACAUCGUGCAUUCUUUAUCUCAGUGUCUUUGUGUGGGAGGUGUGCAAUAGUGUUGAUGUGGAAGUGAAGCUGAUUUAUUUUCACUUGGACGGUGUUUUACUAAUGGACGUUUUUCAUGGAACAUGAACCAGCCAUUCUAAUGGCAGAUAUAAUCCAAAAAUCAUUUCUUUUUUUAUUUCCUGCUUAUGAUAAUGAACAGAGGGCAAUUUGUAUAAAGCACUGUGUAAUGAAAAAAAUGUGGAUAAUAGACUAUACAAUUUUUUUGUUCUGUCUGUUUCUAUUUAUUUUACUUUGGGCGGGCAGUGCAAUGGCUUACAGAUUUAAUUUUAUUUUUAUGCUUUCUGUAUAUUUUGUUGCUGUCUUUGUGCUGUUUAGAAAUUGGAAGGAAGAUCUUAUGGAAUUGCAUUUUACAUUUUUAAUAAGGAAUAUGUACACUGUUUAUUACUGUGCAAAAUACUGUGACUGGAGCAGAUUGGGCCAUCAAAACGAAUCUCACUCUUUCAUAUAAACUGAAUUUGCAUUUCAAAAUUGCACAUCAAGGUGACAAGUAGAUAUAGUUUAUGCAAAAUCAGCAUGAAAGUUCCAAGGUGAUAGUGUGCAGGUGUAGCUAAAAGUGUUUUGCAUUUCUGUCAUAUUCAGUUUUCUUUGCUUAAAAAAAGUGAACACCCUUAUCAGCUUUAAUGCCUGCCCUAUUUUUAAAACAGCCUGCCUAAUUUGACCAUGAUCAGAUUUUAGUGCUCUCAGGACUGUAGGCAAACAAUCUGGUUUUGUAUUACGUACCACAAAGGAAACCAGAGCCCCUUUCUCCAUUUGAGCUCUUCCUUCAUUUUCCUACCUUCCUUUUUUAGAGACUAUGCAUUAUUAUGGGAACACAUUCUGUGAAAACGACUAGGUUCACUCAGUUCACUGUGAAACAUUCUUCUUCCUGCAUAUUGUCAAGUUCUCAGCCUUGGUCCUUGAAGCCGCCACUCAUCAGUCUUGACAAGCGAGGAGUUUGUCUGCUGUCUCUGAGCUCUUAUCUGCCUCACUGAGCUAUUGGGCCUUCACACACCACUGGUGUGUCUUUAUUAAUGUGCUCUGCCCAGCAGCGCGUGACAAAGUAUUCUAUUUUGCAUUUCAGUUCAAAUACGCUCCAGUCUCUACAGUACCUAUAGACAUGCGAAGGUGUUUUCUUACAGAUACAAGUUUACAGAAAUGCCCCCGGAUUUCAACAUCUAAAAUGGCGGAUAUGGACGACCGAUUUGAGUGCCAUUGGUGUGUUAUUUUAGGGUCAGCUGUUGCUAGUGUUUGUCAUACGGUAACACGCUGACUGUUUCUUUCUGUCUCUCUCUGCUGACAGAGUUUUUGUCUGACACUGUAGCUUGAUUAUGCCCAGAGGAAACCAUUAGGUAAGCAACACCUAAUAAAUAGGUCUCAGUGAGGUGACAGAGCGCUGAGAAACCAGUCAAAUCUUAAAGAGAUAGUUCGUAUAAAAAUUAAAAUUCUGUCAGUAGUUACUUAACCUCAUGUCGUUCCACACCCGUAGGACCUUUGUUUAUCUUCGGAAUGAAAAUUAAGAUAUUUUUGGUGAAAUCUGAGAGCUUUCUGAUCCUGCAAGGACAGGACGUAACUACCACGUUCAAGGCCCAGAAAGGUAGUAAGGACAUUGUUAAAAUAGUCCAUGUCACAUCAGUGGUUCAGCUGUAAUUUUAUUAAGCUACGACAAUGCUUUGUAUGUGCGAAAAAAACAAAAAUAACGACUAUUCAACAUUUUCGUCUCUUCCGUGUCAGUCUUUGACACAGGAGCCUGUGUUCUGACCUAGAACGUCCACCUUUUUUAUUUCAUCGCCUGUAUAUUAAGGUUCAAAUAAAUAAUGCUGGACAAAAAAAUUGCAAGACAUCCUCUCUGUCGAAAGAGCGUGCGUCUUCUUCCGCUUAUAAACAAUCCCACUUCUCUCCUGAACACACGUUGAAGACUGAGGCUACGUUUACACUAGUGCGUUUUCAUUUUAAAUCACAUUUUACGCCUGUCUUUUACACUACUCCGGCAUUUUUGACACUCGAAAAUGAGACUUUUGAAAACAUUGCAGACCUGGUUUUGGUUUGAAAACCCUGGGGUUGCGUUUCACUGUAGAUGGACUAAAACGGAGACUUUUGAAAACUAUGGCGUGGCUGCUCAUAGAUAUGUAUAGAUGUCCCAUUUGACCGCUCCAAGUACGUAGAUGUGUCCACCAUCUUAUAACAGUUAACUUGACGUCAUUCACCAUACUAUAGAUUCGCAGACCAAUGGCUGUGCAGGAUGUGGCAUUUCAAAUAUUCAGUGUUUACUAUGCUAAAUGACGUCAAGUUGACCAAUACAGUAUGGCGGAUGGCUUACAUAUAACGGCCCAUAGAAACAGUCGCUGUCUGUCUAUGUAUCUAUGUAUACAUAUAUAUAUAUAUAUAUAUGAAGAGUCCGGAUGCAAAACCAGCUAAAUCCAUUUGAAGUCUUUCUUUAAAAAAUGCAUUUUUAUCAGGCUCAGAUAUAUAGGUUUCUAUGUAAGUACUGGUACUUCUGAUUGGGCUGAGGCUGGUAUUUUAGCUAGUUUGAAGAAAAAUAUUUGAUGAACGUAUAAUAUGUGUGUAUGUAUCAUUAUCUCAUUUUUGACCGAGAUAGCAUUUAGCUGCUUUUGCAUCUGAACUCUUCAUAUAUAUUUAUAUAUAUAUAUAUAUAUAUGGUGGCUACCAACAUUCACUCUAUGUAUCUUUGACGACCGUUUAAACAGUUACAUAAUGCUCACUGUUGUACCCAUAGAUAUGUAUAGGUAGAUGCCCCAUUCGACCGCUCCACCGACAGAGGCCGCUCCCACGAUAGUUGAUUGACAUGAGCGUCUUACCUCAGAUCAGCUGUCACAGUCCGACCUCCAUUGUUUUGAUCCCAGAGCAGGGAUGUAAGUUAGACAACAAUAUCUUUGAUUGAGCGAUUGAGGUGUUGUGUUGCUGGAUGUAAUAAUGAACAUAGUGGUCGUCAUUUACUCCCGACAUCUGAGCCACUGAAGAUGCUGUGGAUUAAGUUUGUUUGUGAAGAGAAUGCACUUCCCGAUCUACAUAAAUGCGUCUAUGUUCAUGCAAAUCAUUCGUUAUCCAACUUCACCUACAGCAGAAGUGAGUAUAAAGGUUUUUUUAUGAAUCUCUGCAAUCACCUUUCCUAAUAACGUGCUAGUUAGCAAGUUUAGCAGAUAAAUGCGGCUAAACGUGGCUAAAGUAAACAGGCUCGUCACUCCACAGAGAGAAGAGAGGGGCGGGGCGAGCAGAGCUCAUUAACAUUUAAAGCAGCCUCGACCAGAACAGGAUGAUUUUUGCAGAGCUGAUUUUGGCAAGGUAAAUAGUGUGUUGUUUUACACAACCAUUGAGAAUUUUUAACAAAAGUAUAUUAUAGACUUUUCAUUAAGACCCUAAAGAAUCAUAUCAAAUGGGCAUCUGAUGACCCUUUUAAAAGCACUGGUGUAAACAUGUCCUGACAAGGAAGAAAAGAAAUUGUUGAAUAAACUCGCUAUGUUUGUUUUCUUUGCGCACAAAAAUUCUUCUCGUAGGACUAUUUUAACGAUGUCCUUACUACCUUUCUGAGCCUUGAACGUGUCAGUUGUAUUGCUGUCUAUGCAGGGUCAAAAAGCUCUCAGAUUUUAUCCAAAAUAUCAUAAUAUGUAUUCCGAAGAUGAACGAAGGUCUUACAGGUUUGGAAUGACAUGAGGGUGAGUAAUAAAUGACAGAAUUUUCAUAUUUGGUUCAAUUAUCAUCUAAAAAGCAGGAAUGGGCAAAAUUUGCCAUUCAAGAAUCAGCCUCCUUUUAGUUCAUGAGUUUGAAUUUGAUUUGAAUUGACCACAUGCCACAUCAUAUCAAACUGAAAUGACAUGAACAGGAAUUCAAAGAAAUUCAACACACGUCUAGAAUCUGUGAAACGUCUGUGUAUAAAUACACAAUACUGUACACAAUUCUAAUUCCCUUAAUGUGACCCUGGACCACAAAACCAGUCACAAGGGUAAUUUUUUUUAAAAAUUGAGAUUUAUACAUCAUUUGAAUUCCAUUGAUAUAUGGUUUGUUAUGAUAUGACAAUAUUUAGCCGAGAUACAACUAUCUGAAAAUCUGCAAUCUGAGGAUGCAAAAAAAAAAAAUCGAAAUAUUGAGAAACUCCCCUUUAAAGUUGUCCAAACGAAGUUCUUAGCAAUGCAUAUUACUAAUCAAAAAUUAAGUUUUAAUAUAUUUACGGUAAAAAAAAUGACAAAGUGUCUUCAUGGAACAUGAUCUUUACCUAAUAUCCUAAUGAUUUUUGACAAAAGAACUGGUUUUGCAACUGGUUUUCUGGUCCAGGGUGACAAAUUUAAAUUCAAAUUCUACCUCAAUUCAAUCUCAAUUCAAAUUCAAGAAUUGAAUUUGAAAACAAGAAUUUAAAAGGCAUUCUCAGUUCUGUCAUGAAUGCCAAACAUCCCUGCUAAACAUGGAUGCUGCUGAAUAGCAUUUGUAAAACUUGAAUUAUUUCUAUUUUAGAGUAUGAUUACUAAACAAAUUCAAUUUUUUCUUCAAAUAUAUUGUUUAACAUUUCAUUAAAACUGCCAGUUGCCACCCCCCAAGUCUGCAUGAAUAACGUAUAAAGUGUGUUUUACGAGAAAAUAAAUGCCGGGGAUGCCUUUUGGUACAACAACCGUCUUCCGAGUCAAUGUAGCACCUAUCAACGGAAAGAAAUGAAAGCACUUGGAAGUUUUAUAAUUGUUUGAAUUUGUUUUGCUCUGUUAUAUCUGUUUGCUGCGCAAAAGCGCGCAUGUGUGUGUGGACACGAGAACCAGUCUUUGUGUUUUCUGUAUGCUAGACUGCUUAUGUGGGUAAAACGUUCCUAUCAUUUUAUCAAGAAUCCCAACCUCAGGCCUGUUAAAUGUCCAUUGGCUUGCAUCAGUCAAUGCCAUGAGCCACUGCUGUAUGCCUUCUUUACCCUAGAUUUGCUCUUCCAGACAUGGGGGAAGUUUUACCUCUUUGUACAUUCAUACCUUACACUGUAGAAAAGAAAAUAUUGCAUAGGCCUACCAGAAUCACCUGGCAACAUUGAAUGAAUAGCUGUUGGCUGUCCACAUCUUGAGUAUCUCAUUGUAUGAAAGCUGAAUUUGUUUAUAAAAUAUGUGCAAAGCGUUGAAACUGGAUACUAUAUAUGACCAGUAUUUCCUGUGUUUAAUAAUCUUAUAUACAGUAUAUGGUUUGCACAUAGAAAUGAUCUAAAUGUAAAGUUUUGUGUAGAAUUCGUUCAAACAUGUUGUAAAUUUGUGAAUUGAUUCUUUCUGUGACUUUAUUCAUGUAUGUAAUGCUUGUUCUUUUUUUUAAAAUUAUUAUUAUUAUUGUUAUUAUUAUCUAAUUUUUGUGCCAAAUACUGAAAUGAAGGUUGGCUUUGAAGGUUGGCAUCCUAAUAUUGACAAAAAAGAAGUGCCCUCGAUGUUUAAAAAAAUGUUUAGUGUUUUACUUUGUUCCCCGGGCAAUAUGUUGUCAUCAUAUUUUGUCACCUGCGGAUUUUCGUACUCACUAAACUGCUAAAUUGCUCAUUGAAGAUGUUAUAUUUUCAUAUGUUGGUUUGUUUUGUUUAAAUCAUGGAGAUUUGUUUCAGUGACUCUUUGGAUAGAGGUUUAUAGGAUCCCUCAAGGGUUGUACUUUGAUGUACUUUGAAUGCAUGUUGCUCCAAACUGACCUUCCGGUCUUCUCUCCCCUUCCUACUGACUCAGCCGUUCUCCCCCGUGAGAAUUCAGUGCCCACGCUGCUUAAGAGAGAAGACGGACACGGCAGCCUGUGUAGGUUUGACCAUAUACUUGUGUGUACUUCGGUUUUAUCACUGACAAAUGAUGGGGCUUCAUCCUUUUUCCUGUUUAAAACUUUACUGUGAGAGACUGUGAUACUGUUGUGAAGCAAAAACGAUUAAAAGUGUUAGGCUGAUCCUUGCCGGUAAUGACUAUGAUAACGUACCUCUUUAAAAAAAAAAAAAAAAGAUUGGCUUGUAAUCGUUCAUCGAUAUGAUGUUCUCGCAAAGCUAAAAUGAUUUGUUGAAAUAAAUU